CCCCCUACCCUUUUCUUCCCCUAGGAGCGGUGCCGACGCCAGACGGAAACAUCGGUUCAUCUCCGAGCUCCAACCCCGCCGCGCCCGGAGCUGGGAGCUCUGGGAGGUGUGGGGGAGGGAGGUCUUGCCGCCGGAAGUAGGUAGGGCGGCCGCCAUAUACCUCGCCCUAUUGGUGGGUCUGCCUCUUCGCCGCCAAGUUCUCGGCCGUCGUAUUUCUGACCUGCCGUCACACAGUCCACGGACUAGCGUUUCUAAUGGAGGAAGAACACAUAGAGGCACCGUCGUAUAUCCACAUUGAGAGCAACGAUUUCUCCUACAGAAGGCACAAGAGGCAGAAAGAGGAGGACAUAGUUGUGUGCGAGUGCCAGUAUGAUAUCUUGGAUCCGGAGAGUCCAUGUGGAGAUCGGUGCUUGAAUUUCUUGACUAACACAGAGUGCACGCCUGGCUACUGCCGCUGUGGCGUGUACUGCAAAAACCAGCGGUUCCAAAAAUGUCAAUAUGCUAGGACAAGGCUGGUAAAGACUGAAGGGCGUGGAUGGGGUCUUGUGGCAGAUGAGAAUAUUAUGGCUGGUCAAUUUGUUAUUGAAUAUUGUGGCGAAGUAAUAUCAUGGAAGGAAGCCAAACGGAGAUCUCAAGCUUAUGAAACCCAAGGUUUAAAGGAUGCCUAUAUCAUUUACCUCAAUACUGAUGAAUCUAUUGACGCGACAAGAAAAGGGAGUCUUGCCAGAUUUAUCAAUCAUUCAUGCCAACCGAAUUGCGAGACAAGGAAAUGGAACGUCCUUGGGGAAGUAAGAGUUGGAAUAUUUGCAAAGCAAGACAUUUCUUAUGGAACAGAAUUAUCCUAUGACUACAACUUUGAGUGGUUUGGUGGUGUGAUGGUACGGUGCCUUUGUGGAGCUGCCAGCUGUUCUGGGUUUCUAGGGGCUAAAUCACGUGGUUUCCAGGAGGCCACGUACCUCUGGGAAGAUGAUGAUGACAGGUUUUCUGUUGAGAAUAUCCCUCUUUAUGAUUCUGCUGAUGAUGAACCUACAAGCAUCAAUAAGGAGAUCCUCCUAGGAAAUGGUGGGUCGAUUGCUCAAUAUGGCAACAGUGAUACAGUGCAGAACACUGAGAACCCUGGGACUGCAAACACAAAUGAAUUUGCACCAAUGAUUGUUGAACAAUUUGCUGCAAGCUCAAAUGAAUUAGCAACGAUGACUGUUGAGCCCUUGGCUGCAAGUUCAAAUGAAUUCACACCAAUGACUAUUGAACCAUUGAAUGCUAUUCCAAUGGUAGCCCGUUUUGCUGAGAAUGGGUCGACUGAACAUAAUGCACAAGAUUCUCAUGUCACUCCUCAAAAUUCAGUGCCAGAAGCUGCAAAUCACCAGAACCAAACUGAAUCACAAAACAAAGCAUUGGUCCCUGUAAAGCCCAUACCCAAGCGUCGUGGUAGGAAACCUAAACGUGUUGUGCGCAAGCAACUGGAUAUUCCAGAUAUUUGCGACCAGCUAGUAUCAUCUGUGGCGUGUGAAGAAAUAUUGUACUGUGAGGAAGUGAAGAAUCAGGCUGCUUCUGAAAUAGAUGCCCUGUAUGACGAGAUAAGGCCAGCGAUUGAAGAGCAUGAGAGGGAUAGCCAAGACAGCGUCUCCACAAGCCUUGCGGAGAAGUGGAUCGAGGCCAGCUGCUGCAAGUACAAAGCUGAUUUCGAUCUGUAUGCUGCAAUCAUCAAGAACAUUGCCUCCACACCGCUAAGAUCUAAGGAUGAUGUGGCCCCUAAAGAACAGAAUGGAUUGAAAUACUUGGAAAAUGGCUCGUGAUUUAGUUAGAAAUGUGAAUUCUUUACUAUUGCACCCUGAUAUUGUUGAGGUUUUAGUUUUUUUCUUUGUUCUUCAACUGGUCUUAAUUACCUUAUAAAAAAUUGAUCUUAUAGGUAGAGAAACAUUGUGAGGUCACAAUUAACAAUGUUGAAUUAUACAUCUUCAAUCUCAUGUUCUGUUGA